GAGGAGCGGGAAAAAACACUCCCCCGCCUCCUGCCAAUGGGGCGAGGGCUGGGCGGGGCCGAGGCGGAGGAUGAUGAGAUUGCCGAUGAUGAUGGCGGCGGGGCCCGCGUGGAUCCUCUCGCGGGCCGGGCUGCGGCUGCGGAGGCGGAGACUGGUGGAUUCUCUUCUGCCAGCUGCUGUUCCUAAGCUUAGUUAUCACUUUGCAUCAUCUCACAAGUACAUUCCCAGGCGAGCUGUGUUGUAUGUACCUGCAGACGAUGAAAAGAAGAUACGAAAAAUCCCAUCACUAAAUGUAGAUUGCGCAGUGCUCGACUGUGAAGAUGGUGUGGCUCUGAACAGAAAGAAAGAAGCAAGACGGACAGUUGUCAAAACCCUUGAAGAGUUCGACUUGGGCCGUGCCGAGAAAUGUGUUAGGAUAAACUCCGUGUCCAGCGGCCUUGCAGAAGAAGAUCUAGAGGUGCUUCUGCAGUCCAAGACCCUUCCGUCAAGCAUGAUGCUGCCAAAGGUUGAAAAUGUUGAAGAAAUAAGAUGGUUUUCAGACAAAUUCUUACAUCACCUAAAAGGCCGAACACUUGUAGAACCAAUGAAUUUUAUCCCUUUUGUGGAAACUGCAGUGGGCUUGCUCAAUUUUAAGGCUGUCUGUGAAGAAGCACGGAGAACAGGAUCUCAGGUUGGCUUUCAUUUGGACGCAGUUGUCUUUGGAGGAGAGGAUUUCCGUGCCAGCAUAGGUGCAACAAGCAGCAAGGAAACUCACGAUAUUCUAUAUGCCAGGCAAAAAAUAAUAGUCACAGCAAAGGCAUUUGGCCUUCAAGCAAUAGACCUUGUAUACAUCGAUUUCCGAGAUGAAGAAGGACUCCGCAGGCAAUCAAGAGAAGGUGCCUCAAUGGGGUUCACUGGUAAGCAGGUGAUUCACCCCAACCAAAUUGCUGUUGUCCAGGAACAGUUCUCUCCAAGCCCUGAAAAAAUAAAGUGGGCACAAGAACUGAUUUCUGCUUUUGAAGAACAUCAGCGAUUAGGCAAGGGAGCGUUUACUUUCCACGGAAGCAUGAUCGACAUGCCAUUACUGAAGCAGGCACAGAACAUUGUUACGCUUGCCACAGCCAUCAAGGAAAAAUGAGCUGGUAAAUGAAGCUCUCGCCAUGGGGCCCCAGUAGCUGUUUUAGAAGAUGACUAUAAUACUUGGGAGAAAAAAAUUAAAGAUGUCAAGCUUAAGCGGAAAUUCAUUUCCAUUUUGCAGAUCUGUCAUAAUUUGCUUGCCAGCAUUGCUAAUCACUAAAACUAUUCCCGACUUUAAUCACUGCUUGCUCCUCACAGUACUACCCAGAACCUGCCAUAAAGUUGCAUCACUCGACUGCGUGACAUCACGAUAAUUACUACAAAUACGGGAUUAUGACUUCACUGAAGGAGAAAGGCAAAACGUGAGCUCUGUUGAAAGAGCACAUGAAAACCAGGUCAAUCACUUCAGUCUAUCUACAGAUCUUCCCGCUCCGGUGCAGAACUCCUAUCGGAAGGGGCAAAGCCUCGAAUAAUUACGCACCAGCUGAAAUUAUUGUGAUGAAAAUCAUUACCCUCCGCAGGCUUCGCAUCUCCACACACACACAAUUCUGUAAAUGUGCAUCAGCCAAUAAAAAUAUUGCUCUGACAAGGCAGGACUCUUG